CCGAUGGGGACCGUCCGCUACGAACCGAGGGACGCAGCUAACCUGGUGAGCGAGUGCGCGGUAUUGUCGAGACCUCCGCUGUCGGUGUGGACACAGCAGCCUUUUCCCAUUCAAGCUCGCGGCGCAAUCGGUGCAAGAGGGAGUGCAGCGGGUCUUGAAAAACGUGCCCUGGCUUCCCGAGUGCCUGCGACGUCCUUUCGGGAACGAAGACGCCCCUCCGCCGCACGUGCUGUCCAACGGCACCGCAGCUCAGCUCAGUGUUGUCCAGCAGUCUUGGAACUCACAGGACAAAAAUUCUACAGUUACCCCAAAGUUCACCAUACCAGGUCACCAAUCUAUGGACAGGGUCAGCAACAACCGCAGCCUAGCACUCGCUUCUCCCGGUGCUAACAACAGGACGCUGGAGGAAGGGCAGAACAACAUCAACGCCCUUAGCCAAGUCUCUGGAGGCACGUUGCACCGCAGCUCGGCCAGCAGCAACAUCAGCGUCAUCAACAGCCCUGAACAGCAACCGCCCUCGAAGCACCACCCCAACAAGCUCCAGCGGACCCCAAACAACUUGAAGAGUGGCCAAGCGGCCCAGAACGGACCCCAUCACCGAACUUGGGCUCACAGCCGGAGGCCGGGACACUACUCGGAUUCGUCAAGCGUCUGCAGUGCGUUUGCGGACCACAUCUAUGAGUCCAUCGACGGUGAUGCCUCCUCGGUCGAUCGCCUGUCCGACGUCCCGCCACCGCCCGCGCCUCCCCAAUCCGAGGUGUUCUAUGGAGACCUGUCCGACAUGAGCCAGCACUCCUCAUCCAGCUACGGCUACCGACCAGCGGCCCUUGCUCGUCACGCCAUUGCCGGGCAAGUACCACACCACACCCCUGGCACACGUCAUGCAGGGCUUUGCAAGGGAUUACGCCACGUAUUCGCCAGAGAUGCCGCGCUAUGGCACGGAGCAACAGAGGCACUAUGGCUCAGGCCGACGUAAGCACGACAUCGUUGGCUUCAAUGGGCCUCCUUACUCACCUAAGAUACUGUACGAGGCCGCCCUGGCGCAGAGGCUAGAAGACGCCCUGACAAACUUCUCCUCAGACUCGGGCAUUGUCGCCGACACCGAGGAUUACUGGGGCACCUCACCGACGCUACCGGACUUGUUGCAUGGCCCCGUGGAGAGCAACCCUGUGGUGAUGGCUGUGUUGGGCGGUGAAAAAGUGGUGAGCAGGAUUCGUCCGGAUGCCAUGAUGACGACACCAUCGGAUCCGAGAUUGCCACAGCAGCAACAGCAGUCUGAGCACGAGCAGCGAUACAACCUCAGCACGUACUGCUAACCGGAGUCGUGUGUGUGAUUGGCACGUGCAUGUGCUUGUGGGCAGUGCGCGUGUUCUUUUCUUCUUUGUUUUCCCCGCUUAGAAAUUCUCGACGCAUAGGACUUUUAAGAAGCAAUCGUGUACUUAACUGAAAUGGACUGGCACUUGCGAGGGACGGACUGUGUGUGUUCCCCAGUCCGUCUACCCGUCCACGAGAGAACUUUCUUUUCAUGUCUCGGAGGAAAGCAGGUAUAGAAGAGAGACCGGUUCUUUGAAUCCUAUGCAUCUAGUCGUCGAACACAACAGUGGAGGGGGAAGUGCUACUCGCUGGCGAGAGCAGAAUUGGUAGAGCCAUUCUUGCUUACCACCC